AUGAUCAUUGAUGGAUGGAUAGUGAUGAUUCGUGUGGUGGUUGGGGUUAGGGUUAGUUACUUGGUGUCUAUCAAUCGUAUGAUUGGUUUAAUACAUACAUCUAUAUAUUAUUAUAUCUAUAUAUUCAUAUUUAUAUUAUCAUCAACCAUGAUGGACAUUACAUAUGAUUCACCAACAGAAACUGCUACAACACCUCCAACAGUGGCAGCAGCUGACGGUGCAACCAUUAUCACCACCAACAAUGAUACUGAUAAUAACCAAAAUACCACUCCAAUUCCUAUUUUGACAGAAACAACAAUAGUAGUGGAUCAAUCUACAUCAACAGCAACAGCAGGAGCAAUAUCACCACUUAAAAGAAUGGUAGAGAUUCCAAACAAUACAAAGUCGACCGAGAACUUGUUACAGGCUGCCGCCUCUGCUGCUGCCUCUGACUCUACAGCACAACCACCACCACAAAUUUUAACACCCUUGUCAGACACUUCGUCUGACACUGCCAUGGACAAUGGAGGAGGAGGAGGAUUGACACCACGACUAUCGAAUCCACAACUGAUUCAUACAAGCAGUUUAGGCAUGCUACCAUCAAGAAUGAGCGGUGUCAAUGCCGGAGCAGCUGACCGUCACCUCCAUCGAUAUCGUCACUACGUAGAAGCUAAAUUGGUUGGUAACAGCGUAAAGAUGGAUCCACUAGCCAAACAUCUCAUCAAUUAUCCAGUGGAUGACAUUUCAAUUAAAGAAACUGUACAAUCACAUAGAACCAAAGAAUCAACUGUUCCCAUCAACACUGACAACACCAGUAGUGGUUCCACUACUCCCUCCAACAUACAUCAACACAUUAAAAUGUCAUUGGAAAGUUUUGCAGCACCUAGAAAGACAGUUAUCAAAAACUACUCGAAAUUUAAAAAGGAAGCAGAACGUCUAACACACUUUGACAAUGAUAAAUAUGAUGUUGAUAUUGACCGAACUCCUCCCAAUAGUCCAAUGAUUGAUUUAAAUCUAAAUUCAUCCAAUCAUAACGAACAACCAGCCGAUGAAAUACAAAACGAUCUUUUAAAAACCUAUCAAGACAAAGAUACCGACACUGAAAACACAGCCAAUCGUAAAAAGGGUAGAGUUGGUUUCUUUCGUUAUUUUCGUCCAGAUUAUAAUUGGGGAUCAGGUACUGAAGUUUCAAUUUGUAAUAGAACUCCUCAAGAUAUUUGGUCAAAACAAAAUUAUGUAAAUGUAUUAAUUGAAUUAAAAGGAUUGGUAUUUAUGUUGGGAGAUUUAGAACCAUUCUUUUGUACAUUAUAUCUUUACGACUCUGUCAACAAAUGUAGAAUAUCAGAGAAUUUCCAUUUCGAUUUUAAUUCUGAUCAAUUGAGAUCUUUAUUGGAUAAACAUAAUGAAAAGGCAGAUAUUACAACACAAUCAAAACAUUUAAUUGUUUCAUUACCAGUUAAACAAAUGAAUGAUAUUUGGGUGAUGGUACGAAUUAAUAAGGUUAUGCAAGGUGACCCUGAUCUAGUCAAGGAACCAUAUGUAAAAAUAGAGGAAAAGGAUGUAAAGGUCAUUAAAAAGAACAAGGCCAAAGUAUCAGACGUUGUCACCAAGUUUUGUGAACGUUUGGGCAAAUACACACAACCAUUCUCCUUUUCAGCGAUUCCAUUGACUGGCGAGAACGGUGAUGUCAAGAAUGGUGCAUUCGAGAGCGACUCGUUAUUCAAACAGGUACCAAAGGACAAUGACGACAUUGACGAGUUGAUUGCCGAUCUCAAAGAUGCCACUAGAAAGAAGAAACUCAAAACGAUUCCAGGUACCUUUUCCUAUAACAUUUCAAAGGGAACAGCACUACCACCUCACACUACUCGUCUAGAUCCAUCUUUUGAUACUGUUAUCAAUGUCGAACCUUUAAAUUCAAAUAUUAGUAGCAACAACAAUAGAUUUAGUGCUGGUCCUGGUAUAGUUACCAGUUCUUCUUCUUCUUUGACACCACCAGUACUACUGGUCAAUGCUACAUCUGCACCAAAUUUAGCUUCACUUGUUCCACCACCCAUCUCGGUGACACCUACUACUACAGGUAUAUCUUUGACUGUUCCAAGUACACUAUCAGCUACACCAUCCAUCUCUGUUUCAUCUUUGGCAAGUGCUACUACGACUACUCCAUCAGUCACCUCACCAUCAUUGUUGAAUACAUCAAUAUCAUCACCAUCACCUUCACUUAGUCGUACAUCGACACUCAACGCCAUUGUUCCGGUUAUCCGUGAAUUACAGUGUUUCCCACUCAAAGAGGACCUCAUUCCUCACAGCGCCUACAUUAACAAUCUCUACAUCUACCCCGACACUGUCAAUCUCAGCAAAGCUAGUGGUAGAAACAUUUGUAUUAAAGUCGAAAUUAGAGACUCUGAUUCAGUCUCUCAACCACCCCUCUCUGUCAUCUAUGGCAAGAGUUCAAAUCAAAAGUUUACCAAUCAAUUUUAUACCGAUACUCAUUAUCAUACUAAAACUCCAUCAUUUAAUGAUGAAAUUAAAGUUAAAUUACCUACUCAAUUAACAACAAAAUAUCAUAUAUUAUUUUCAUAUUAUCAUAUUGUUUGUAAUAAGAAAAAGGAAAAAGAGGAAUCUGAACAAUUGGUUGGUUAUUCAUUCUUGCCAUUGUAUGGUCAAAGUGAGAAGAAACUUGUAGAUAAUGGUCUUCACAACCUUCCAGUUGUAUUGGGUAUUCCAAAAGAUGGUUAUCUCAAAAAGGAUGAUUUGGAUUAUUUGGAAAAUGGAAAGAAUCUAUUCAAACUUAACCUUCGUCUAAAUUCUUCAAUCUAUCCUCAAAACUCUUAUCUUAAUCGUUUCUUUUUAAAUAGUUUAGAUGAAAAAUUAUCAGAUUCUGAUUUAAAUCAAAUAUUGAAUGAUUUUAUUCAUAUUGAUGCAUAUGAAUCAAUUAAAUUCUUCCCUGUUAUUAUUAGACAAUUGAUUUAUGUAAUGUGUAAUAGAGAUGCAACUGUUGGUUGUAAUGCAAUUAAAGCAAUCUUUAUUUUAUUAUCAAAGAUUCAAAAUUAUUUUGAAGAUUCAAAUGUUAGAAUACCAUUUUUAGUUUCAUUUAUAUCACAUGUAUUUGAUUGUCCAACUGAUACCAAGAUACCAGUUUAUUCUGCACUUUGUUCUAGAUUUGUUUACUUUUUAAUGUUGAAAAAGUAUCAAAGCAAUCAAAGUGCAAAGGAAAGUCAAAAGGAAAAUAACAGUCCACAUAGUAGUUCAAGUGGUAUUAAUAAUAGUAGUGGUAGUGGUAGUGGUAGUAAUAAUGGUGCAUCUGGUAAUUCCACAUCACCAGAUAUUAGCAAUUCAACUUUAUUUUCAUUUUCUUGGUUUAUUUUUGAUUUAAUUAUUAAAUCUAUUACUUUAUCAUCUUUGGAUACAAUUAAAGGAUCAAGAGAAAACAAAUAUGAUCAAGAUUUUAUAAAAUAUGUACCAAAAUUGAUAUCAUUUAUUAUUCAUCAUUUCCAAGGAGCAGUGUUGAGUAGUACAGAUGGAAGGUUGGCAUUGGAGGCAAAUAAUAGUUUGGCAUUGUUUGUACGUGACUUGUUUUCAGUGUUUGAUAGAGGUAUCACUGUUGACUUGGUGUUUGGAUACACUAGCGAAAUGAAACAAGGGACAUCUAGUUCUGCCAACGAGUCGUUUAUUGUUACCGACUAUGAACAUUAUAUCAAUAUCAAUAUUCCAUUACCCUACGCAGUCACCAAUAUACAGACAAUCAAACAAAAGAUCAUUGACAUGCAUCCAGUGGCCGGUCUAUUGAUUACCGAGGUGAUGGAAGCUGUUACUAGCACACAAAGCGAGGUAAGAGGUGUUGCACUCAACACUCUACUCGCUCUACUCAUCAAACACGAGUAUGACGGUCGUUAUCAAUCAGCUGAUAAACGUGAACGUAUCGCAUCGAUCUAUCUACCCAUUAUAUUAUGGUUUUUGGACAACUUUGAGUUGUUUACAAAUUGGUAUUUCGUGUCUGGUACAGAAGAGAAACGUCUGCUUAUUUCGAAGGUACCUCAACGUAUCAACACGCUCUUUACCAUGAUUGAUUAUUGCACUAAUCCAUUCGAGUAUCGUCCUGCCAAAUCAUUGGCCAACUCGCUACCUCAUAUGCCGUCGAUUGGAAAUGUUCCACCUGCUCUUCACGCAGCUGUCACAUCGGCCAUGAACUCGUCGGCGGAGGUGGAUAAUAUCGGACGUGUCAAGAUCCAGUCGACCAUCGCACUGUCCAAGUUGGCAUCGGACAACUAUGCCUUUGGCAAGGUCGGUGCCCGUAACCUCGAACGUGCCUUGGCGACACUCGUGUUGUACAGUCGCUCAGAAGAGGCCGGUGCCGUGGCCGACACGAUCAUCGACCGCCAAAAACGAGCCGGAUUGUCAGCCGAACAAGUGACCGAGGCAGUUGACAAGUUUGGCCAACAAAUCCAAAACAUGUCGACCAAACUAGUCAAGAUUAUCCGUGACACUAUGCGUGUCAACCAACUCAAAGAAAACUCUGAUCCCGAGACCAUACACGAGUUGUACAGCAAGAUUGCCGAUGGGUACUCUGACACGCCUAUCAUCAGAGUCGACUGGCUCGACGCACUGGCCACACUCCACGUCUCACAAGAAAAUUAUGUUGAAGCUGCCAUUUGCAAGAUUCGUAUUGCUAUGUUGAUCCACGCCUAUCUCGACCAACACAACCUCUUGCCAUGUCGUCUCGACACGUCACUCAUUAAAAACAUUGUACCCGAGCUCCAUGAAGUCGUCGUCGAAGAGGAUGAAGGUGUAUGCACAUCACCACUCUUUUCCAUCCCCGGUCUCAUCUCAUCGGUCAUCCUAGCGAUCAACCAGUUCCGUAUGGGUGAGUUUUACGAGUUUGCCAUCCUCCUCUACAAACUCAUCAUUCCAUUGAGUGAAAAGACACGUGAAUAUGACAAGCUCUCUAGUUACUACAAACAAAGCCACAAACUCUACAAGGAAAUCAUCAAGACCAACGACAACAAGUCUCGUAUGCUCGGUCGUUAUUAUCGUGUUGGUUUCUAUGGUCGCAAGUUUGAAGACCUCGAUGGCAAGGAAUUUGUCUACAAAGAACCCAAACUCACUCAUCUCUUUUCACUCGCCGAACGUCUCAAAACAUUCUACCGUGAGAAACUAGGUGAAACCAUAAACAUCUUCCCUGACAGUGGUCGUAUCGUUCCUUCCAACCUAGAUCAAGAAAAGUUAUAUCUUCAAAUCACUUCUCUUAAACCCUAUUUUGAUUCAAAAUCUGAUGAAGAACCAAGAAUUGCUUAUAUUGAUAGAAAAACUUUAUUAACCAAAUUUGUAUUUAUUACACCAUUUACAUUAUCUGGAAAGAUUCAAGGAUCAAUUACAGAACAAUUCCAUAGAAAAUCAAUUAUUUCUAUUGAUUGUACUGCACCAAACAUGUUAAAGAGAUAUCCAAUUGUAAAGUACAAAGAGAUUGAGAUUAGUCCAAUUGAAAACAGUAUUGAAACGAUUGAACAAAGAAGUAAAUUAUUAUCACUUGAAAUUCAUACUGAACCUGUCAAUAUUAAAACUCUUCAAGGUGUUUUACAAGGUUCUGUUUUAUUACAGGUAAAUGCAGGAGCAUUAGAAAUUUGUAGAGGAUUUUUAUCAAAGAAUUCAAGAGUCAAUUGGAAUAAUUUGUAUGUUCAAAAACUGGAGGAAAAGUGUAGAGAGUUUUUGGUACUUUGUAGAAAGGCAUUGGAUUUGAACAAAUGUAACAUUCAAAUGAAUCAAAUUAGUUUCCAUCACGAGUUGGAACAAGGAUACAGACGUUUACAAUUCAAGAUGGAGAAAUACAUCAAUGGCGAGAUUAAUGAAUCCGAAGAGGCAGAGUUGGAUCAAAUCUUACAAGAUGAUGCAGAUGAUGAUUCAUCUCAACUCACCAUCACCGAAGAUAUGUACGACAAUGAAAAGGAUUCAUCUCUAUUUGAUGGUUUGACACCAUCUAGUUUGAUUCCAAAUUUCAUCAAAGACCCAAAAAAGAAAUCUGGUUUCCUAACCGUCAAAGAUACCAAACCAAAACGUGAAAGUAAAGAACUCAAUGUCUCCUCAAUACUAGCUAGUGGUGAUAAUAGUAUCUUUAAUAAUAAUGGUAAAAAUCUAGAAACUCCUAGAUCAUCAUCAUCUAAAAGAGAUAGUAAAGGUGAACCAUAA